AUGGAAUGGAGACAGAGUAAUCAACGAAUGCAGCUGCGAAGAUUAGCCGGAUUUGUCCGAAACACCGUGAAAUUUGUCAAUUUCCCGGUUGUCAGGGUGUUCGCUGACGGAAAGUUGGAUUUAUUGCCGGAAAAGGUAAAAAUAAUUUUUUUUUUGUUGAAAUCUUGUUUUUAUUUGCCUUAUUAGGUCUGAAAAACAUGUUGAGCUAACUCUAAAUUAUUUUGUUUAUCGGAGUGCGCGAAGUUUUUUAACAAAAUUUCAUCAAAAUUUUGGUUGGAAAGUUAUCAAAAAUUAACCGUCGGAUUUUUUCUUCAAAUUUUGCGAAUAUUUUCUGUAUAGGCCAUGGAUAAAUCCCUAAAAAUUUUAGGUCCUAAUUUGCAGGCGCUGCCGAGAUAUUCAACAAAUUCUUUUGCGAGAGAGCACGUAAAAUGAGGAGAGCGGCCAGACAAAAGUGACUUUUUUCACUGUAACUUUUUGAAUUCUAUUUGGAAAUGGUUGAUUUUUUGGGGAAUUAUUUUACGCUCUAUUGCCAACACAUACAUCCGGAAAUUUUUGAAAAUUGAAAAAAAAAGAUUUUUUUUGAAAAAAAAAAUCUUUUAUUUUUUGACCAAAAAAUCUCAUUUUUUUACAAAUUUGAGCAAAAUAAAGUUUCAUUUCUCGUUAAAAAAUCUUUUUUUAGUGGCUCGAAGGACACAAAAAUGUCAAUUUAUCACAGAUCGCCUCAUGUUUUCCCUCCGAAAUCCCUUCUUCUUCAACAUCAUCCAUUUCAACUGAAAUUUUCUCUCUAAAUGUAAGAUUUUUCUUUAUUUUCAAGUCCAAUUCAUCAUUUUUAGAUUGAAAAUCUCUCAUUCACUCAAUUCGUAUCACUUGGACAGUCUUUGUCCAUCUUAUCGGAGGAGAAAUUGGACCAAAAACAGAUCCGGAAGCUGAAUAAAGCGAGGAAUCGCGAAUUGACCUUCAAAAAGUCGGUGGAAUUGGAGUGUUUUGGCCGAUUUUUGGUUGAGAAAUGUGAAGAAAAGGGCAUAACGAGAGUUGUGGAUGUUGGAUGCGGGCUGGUAAGAGUGACGUUUAUAAUUUUUAUAUUAAAAAAAAAAUUUUGAUGACUAAAAUCGCAAAAAAAAAAUUUUCAAAUUUGAUUGAAACUUGCUCUAAUUAAUAGAAGAGAAUUUUAUAAGACAUUCUUGAAGUUUUUACCGCGUAUUUUGCCGAAAUCGCUGUGAUUUUUAACCUGAAAAUCUAAAAAAUCUCGAUUUUUUUUUUGAUUUUUUUGGCUUGAAAAUUUCAAAUGAUUGAUAAUUAGGUCUAUUAUAUAUCCACAAAAAAAAUUUUUGUUCGAGCGAAGUUCGCGAAGAUCUAACCAAAAAACGGUUUUUUUCUCUGACCGACUCUCCUCACUUUCCAUGCUCUCUCGAAAAAAGCGCCUUUAAUAUCUCGACAGCUGAUGGAUACUAUAAGCUAAAAUUUUUUGCGAUGGAUAUGUGGACUGCAGAGAGUGUCUAUGCUAAAUUUCAGGACAUACUGACAAAAAAUUUUUUGGUAUAUGAUGACCUAAAGUAAUAUAAAAAAUUUCAUUUUUCAGGGCCAUCUUCUCGGCUGGAUUGGCAAAAAACUCCCGGAUGUGGAAUUAGUGGGUGUCGAUUGCAACUCCGGCUUUUGCGAUAAAGGAAAAAAGAUUUACGGCGACAUUUCGUUCAAUUCCGUCGAGAUUGGAGCCGAAAAUUCUGGGGAAUUUUUGAAUUUGUUGGAAGCUGAAGCAAGUAUUUUUUGAGUUGAUUUUAUGACUUUUAGGAUCAACAAACUGCAUUGAUAUCACUGCACGGCUGUGGAGAUCUGCAAGAGACCUUGAUCAAGCUUUUUUUAGAAGCUGAUGGAAAGAAGGUCCCAUUAUUGUUGACGAUUGGAUGCUGCUAUCACAAAACGAAGAAGCCAAGUGAGAAAAAGACAUAAAAAAAAGAUUUUUUUGGAUUUCUAGGCAAAAUAGAAUUUUCGAAAAAAAAAAUAUUUUUUAUUUUUUGAAAGUAGAUUACUAUAACAACAACAAAUAUAAUAGUAAUAUUUUUUGGAUCAAAAAUAAGAAAAAAAUCUCGUUUUUUACACAGAUUCCAUUUCCAGACAACAACGAAUGGAUUCUAAGUGAUUUCCUGACCAAAGAACUUCAAGGUAUUGAAGUAAAUGGGUCAGCAAUGAGAAUGGCGGCCGAAAUGAGGUUCCCGGACUAUGUGAAAAUGUCGGCCGAGGAAAGAGAGCGGCGACUGAAUGCGUUGACAAUUCGAGCCAUGGUUGAGGUGUUUUAUCAACGAAUGGGUGAGAUUCGGCUAUUUUUCUGAGAGACAGUCGGCUUAUUUUUCGGUCAGGACCUAAACGGUUUAUAUUGCGAAUAACUGAGGAAAUAAUGGAGCCAUUUUUUUGAAAUUGCGUUUUUUGGACUUUCAAAGGAUGUAAAUUUUUAUUAAAAAGCUUUUUUUUACUAAAGGACACUCUGGAAAUCUGAAAAAGUUAUUUUUAUUUUGAUUUUAGUUGCUCUAAAUUAGCAUGCUUGGUAAAAAUAUCCUGAGGGGAUAUUGCAAAAACUUUUUGGACACUGAAAAAUAGAUUCCUUGAGGGUCCUAAAAAUGUAAUUUUUAUAAAUUUCGAACCAUUAUUUAUCAAGUUAUUGACAAAAAAAAUGUUUUAGAUCCACCUGACCUGUCAUGUAUAAUAUCGUAAAAAUUUUGAUAUUUUUUACCCAUUUCAGGUAUAAAUGCUAAAGAUGAACACCGUUCCAAGCGACGGAAACUCGGCUCGACGAUCGCGGAAGUCGCUGAAACUCUCAGUCAGCGAUAUUCGACAGACGAAUCGACCAAAAAACUUUGGACAGAGCAGCUGAACGCAAUUGAAAGGGAAUUUGGCGCGUUGAUACCGAAAGUUCAGUUAUUAUUGGUAAGUUUUACAGUUUAUUGGUGCUUCAUAAAGUGCAUGGACAUUUUUGGUUUUUUGCACAGUGCAUUGCAAACCUUUCUCCGAGCUUGUCGCUAACGCACAGCGCAUUUUCAUCUUUUCGCACGGUGCAAACCACAAAAAAGCCGUUUGCACUGUGCAAAUAAUUCGGCAACGCCGCGGCGAUGCUGUUGAAAAAGACUUGCGUUUCGGCGAUAUUUGGAGGCACAGUGCAAACCAAAAAAAUGGAACGCACUGUGCAAAAUGACGUGUUUUUUGUGCACGGUGCGGGCCGCGACGUUUUCAUGAUUCGCACAGUGCAAACCGCUUUUUUAUGUUUGCACUAUGCGAAAAACAGCCAAGUGCACGGUGCGUCAGCGACAAACAACGGAAAAGGCAAAAUGCACUGUGCGCCGCGAAAAAAGUCUGUGCCGCACAGUGCGAAAAUAAAAAUAUGAAGUUUUCAGCUUGUUUUUUUGUAAUCUCAGUUUCCAAAAUUUUCAGGACAUUCAAUAUUCGUUGCAGCCAGUAAUGGAGUCGCUAAUCUUGCUUGACCGACUACAAUAUGUCGCGGAAAAUGGAGUAAAUGCGACGUUGAUUCCUCUGUUCCCAACCCAAAUCUCCCCUCGAAACAGCUGUCUGAACGCGGAACGGUGA